AUGCACAGUCGUCGUCGCGAGCAACACACUCCGCAGGAAUGUGCCUCUAUGGCCGAGUUUGUGUCCCGCCACAAUGGUAAAAAGAUAAUCGAGAAAGUACUGAUCGCGAAUAAUGGAAUCGCGGCUGUUAAAUGCAUUCGCUCAAUCAGAAGAUGGUGUUACGAGACGUUCCGCAACGAGAGGACAGUAAAGUUCGUUGUCAUGGUUUCCCCUGAAGACCUCGAAGCGAAUGCAGAGUUCAUUCGCCUUGCCGAUCAAUACGUUCCAGUUCCCGGCGGCUCGAAUCAUAACAAUUAUGCUAACUGCGACCUUAUUGCAGAAAUCGCCCGCGCUAAAAAUGUCCAAGCCGUUUGGGCUGGAUGGGGACACGCUUCUGAGAAUCCAAAGCUACCUGACUUACUUGCAAAAAGCGGAAUAGAAUUCUUAGGCCCUCCAAGUAAUGCGAUGAGAGCUUUGGGUGAUAAAAUCAGCUCUGCCAUCAUUGCACAGAGUGUUGGAUUGCCAACGCUAAAGUGGUCUGGAGAAGGAAUAACGUGCGAGAAUGGAAUAGUGACAGAGAAACACUACAAACAAGCAUGCGUGGAUACACUUGACAAAGCUGUCGAUGAGGCAGAUCGAAUCGGCUAUCCGCUAAUGAUCAAGGCUGCCAAUGGCGGCGGUGGAAAAGGAAUACGAAAGUGUGAGCGAAAAGAAGACUUUCCAACGCUCUAUCGCCAAGUAAAAGCAGAAGUAUCUGGAAGCUCGAUCUUCCUGAUGGAAUUCGCAGAUGAAGCACGCCAUCUCGAAGUUCAACUGCUUUGUGACCAGCUUGGAAAUGCGAUCUCAUUGUAUGGACGCGAUUGUUCAAUUCAAAGACGUCAUCAGAAGAUCAUUGAAGAGGCACCUCAGACAAUAGCGCCAAAGGAUCAGUGGAAACAUAUGGAAGAAGGUGCAGUGCGACUUGCGAAACUGGUGGGCUACCACUCGACAGGCACAGUUGAGUAUUUAUAUGACCCGAAGAAGGAGCGCUUUUGUUUUCUCGAGCUAAACCCGAGGCUUCAAGUUGAACAUCCAUGCACUGAAAUGAUUUCUGAUGUUAAUCUGCCGGCCACUCAACUUUGUGUCGGACUUGGAAUAAGUCUUGAUGAAAUGCCUUUGCUAAGCCCAAUUUACGAGACUAUCGAUGGAAAAUUGAACAUAACUUCUCAAGAAAAUCCAAGAGGCCAUGUGAUUGCGUGUCGAAUAACUGCUGAGAAUCCAGACGAAGGAUUUCGCCCUGGAAGUGGCACAGUCCAGGAGUUAAAUUUCCGAAGCUCAAAGAACGUCUGGGGUUACUUUUCUGUUGUUGCGUCUGGCUCGCUUCACGAAUACUGUGAUUCGCAAUUCGGGCAUAUUUUUGCAUGGGGCGAAACAAGAGCGCAAGCUACGUCGAAUCUGGGGAUGGUCUUGCGCGAAAUAUCAAUCAGAGGCGACUUCAGAACUACUGUCGAGUAUUUGUCUCAUCUGAUUGAAAGUGAGACCUUUCGUAACUCGUCAUUUUCGACUGGCUGGCUUGAUCACCUUAUUGCUACGCGUGAUCGACCGGAAGUCCACGAUGAACGAAUUUCAGCAAUUUGCACCGCGCUUCAUAUCGCUGACCGGCAUUGGUCGACUGUAACUGAGCAGUACAAAUCAGCUCUAGAAAAGGGACAAAUUCUGCCAAUUCAAAGUUUGCCUCCGAAAGAACUCCCGCUUAAUCUAAUCCUUGGAAACCAACUGAUAUCCUUGAAGAUUUCUCGACCAGCUCAAUCGAGCUUCUGCAUCGAGCUCAACAAUACGCAACUUAUUGUGAGCAUCUUCCGACUUUCCGACUCUGGAAUUUUGGUUCAACUCAAUGGAGUAUCGUACUGUUCUUAUUUGCAAGAGACAGCUGAAAACUACCGCGUUACGAUCAACAAUCAAACUGUUGUUUUUGAUAAAGAGAAGGACCCAAGUUUGAUUACUUCUUCUUCCGCUGGCAAACUCGUGCGAUUUCUUGUCGAAGAUGGAUCUCCAGUUGUGGAAGGUCAAGAUGUCGCAGAGUUAGAAGUCAUGAAAAUGGUGAUGACCGUCAAAGUAUCUCUCCCAGGGAAGAUCAUUCAUUCUAAGAAACCAGGCGCGUUCUUGUCAAACGGAAGCGUCAUUGCUCGCCUAGAGCUUGGACCAAACUUACGGGUACCAAAGCCACAAAUAUACAUGCGCGACUUAUCUGAGUUUGUCCCUGACAAUGAUUCUGAGUCAACAGCAAGUCUAAGUUCUGGUGAGUCUCAUGUUUCUAUUCGCCGGAAAACUGGAAGUGACGGCGCUGCAAUAAUUGCCCGUGAGAUGAGAAAGAAAUCUGGAUCAACUGGCAGCAUACAUUCUACUUCCACUCGAGACAGAAGACAUCCACCACAUAAGCAACUCGAAAAAGUCAUUUCGAAUAUACAUGCUGUUCUUGACGGGUAUUCUGUUGCCGGAGAAAGGAUCGAAAAAUGGGUCAAACGACUCGUAUCCCAGAUGUUUGCAAUAUUUCAAAAUAGACGACUGCCCCUUUACGAACUGAGAGAAGUGAUGACUCGACUUUCGGGGAGGAUACCGGAUGAAUUAGAAGGUCAAAUUAAUGAGGAGUUGAAAAGAUAUGGACAUCGUCUUGGUUCCAUGCUCACAAGAUUCCCUUCUAUGAGAAUUCUGAAAUUUAUGAAUCUGUACGCCGCCAAAAUAACUAAUCCAGACGACCGUAACUUUCACUACGUCAGUGUCAGCCAAAUAGAAACAUUGUGUCAUAAAUAUGUCGACGAUAUAAGAGGACUUCAGAAGAGCGUUAUAAAAGAAAUGCUAAAGAAGUUUACCGAUAUUGAAAAGCACUUCCAGUCAAAGACAUUCGAGAAGAGCGUGAAGGAGAUACUUAUCAAGAAUGAGGAUCUUGACUUGACCACGAAAAUGAUUCUGUCUCAUCGAAAUCGAAUCGAGAAGAGCAAGUUGAUACACGAGAUCCUCAAUGUCCUGCUGAAGCACGACGCGGAAAUGAUUCUAGAAAUGCAGGAAGAAAUUGAUGAAGUGGCAACUUUGCGCUCUUGUUCUUGUGCUCUUACCGCCCGUCAAGUACUAAUCACAGGUCAUCAACCGAGCUUCCAACGCCGUCACAAUCAAAUUGAGAGUAUAUUUCUAUCUGCAAUUGAUAACUCUGCAAAUGCCCUUGUUUUCCCUGCCAGGCUUCAGCAGCUGGUUGUCUCAGAAACAGCUAUUUUCGACGUGCUGCCGGAGUUUUUCUAUCACAAACUCGAGCUAGUUCGUUUUGCUGCUUUGGAAGUCUAUGUUCAGAGAGCCUACACCGCCUACAUCAUCGAAUGCGUCGAAUCCAUCGAGAUUGGUACGUCCAAAGCCGCGGUCGAAUUCCAGUUUUCCCUUCCCUGCAAUCACCCAUCUCGUCAGUCAUCCUUCGCCAACAUUCCACCUCCGGGCAUUGCGCAGAAUCGCGAAUCUUUUCCAGAUCUAUGCAUCGCCGGCUAUGAAUACGAAAAGAACUUUGAAGAGCUGUCUCGUUUCGGUCGAACUGGAUUGAUGGUAGCAUAUGAAAAUCUUGAAGACUUCGAGAAUAAUAUUUACGAUGUGCUGACUUGCUUUGGCUACCUAAAGUCAGAAGAAUCUGACGAAGAGUCUGACUCGUCAGAACUCACUGAACAUCCAUACAUGAGUGAUGAUGACGACCCUUAUGGCGCGAAAUCCCCACCAGGCCGAGGAUAUGAUCCGCCAUCAGACCAGGUCUUUUUCGUUGGUAAAUCGCGUAAUCAAGGACCAGCAGUGCACACACUCAAUGUCUUCCUCCGCUCGAAGAAAGGAGGCGAAGAUGACGAGAUGCUUGAGAAACGUUUCCGCGAGUUUUCACAAAACUAUCAAAAAGACUUCAGAAACGCAUGCAUCCGCCGCAUAACUUUCGCAGUUCACAAGAAGAGUCACAUGCCUAAGUUCUUCACAUUCCGAUCACGAGAUGAGUACAAAGAAGAUGAAAUUUACCGUCAUCUUGAGCCGGCCCUCGCUUUCCAACUGGAAUUGUCUCGCCUGAGAAACUUCACUUUGAAGCUUUAUCAAACACAGAAUCACCGCAUGCAUCUUUACCAUGGAAUUGCCAAGAAUCAGUGUGGAAAAGAAUCGAUAGACCAUCGUUUCUUUGUGCGCGCUAUUAUUCGCCAUUCAGAUCUGAUCACAGAAGAAGCGAGCUUCAGUUACCUUCGUUCUGAGGGCGAACGGCUUCUCAUUGAAUCUCUCGACGAGCUAGAAGUUGCCAUCAAGUCGCAUAGCUACAAAACUGACCAGAAUCAUGUGUUUCUGAACUUCGCGCCAUCCGUCAACAUGGAGGCCAAUGAAGUUCUCAAUUCGGUCAGUGAGGUUGUUCUCAAAUAUGGACGGCGGCUAUGGGAACUGCGAGUUACACAAGCUGAGCUUAAGAUUAAUGUCCGCCAGGAAGAGGAAACAACUUCUUAUCGCAUCUUCCUGAGCUCAGAAGACGGUUUCCGCCUUGAGACACAUCUUUAUCGCGAAGUCGUUCAGUCACAAAAGACGAUCUUUGUUUCAAUCGGCCCAGAAGAAGAUCCAGGUCCCCUCAAUGGACUUUCAACUGACACACCUUACAGUACUAAAGAUCUUCUCCAAACUGCUCGCUACAAGGCUCAAUCAGCUGGCUGUGCAUAUGCUUACGAUUAUCCGUCUCUCUUCAAAUCUGCAUUGAAGAGCUCUUGGGAAGAUAGAAAGGUAAAACACCCCAAAGAUCUGUUUACAUGCAACGAGCUUAUACUCGACAAAAGUGGCAAACUUCAUGAGGUAACGCGUGAUCCAGCACAGAACACUGUAGGUAUGGUUGCCUGGCGCAUGAAGUUUAGCCAGCCAACGAUAGAAGGCAAAAGGGAGAUCGUCGUUAUCUCCAAUGACAGUACAGUCCAACAAGGUAGUUUUGGUCCCGCUGAAGACGCGUUGUUUGCCGCAGCGAGUAAAUUGGCUCGCGAUGAAGGUAUACCGCGAAUUUACAUAACUGGCAACAAUUCUGGCGCCCGGAUCGGUCUCAGCAAAGAUAUACAGAGCUGCUUCCAGGUUGCGUGGAAAGACAAGGAGGCAGGACUUGUGGAGUAUUUUUAUCUGUCUUCGACUGAUUACAGCAAAUUCUCAAGCCAAGUCAUUGCGGAACAUGUCAAUUACGAAAAUGAGUCAAGGUACAAAAUUAACGCCAUCAUCGGAUCUGCCGAUUGUGGCACAGCAGCUCUAGCUGGCUCAGGGCUGAUUGCGGGCGAAACGAGCAAAGCCUAUCGCGAAAUCCCAACGAUAUCACUUGUCACUGGUCGGGCUGUUGGAAUCGGAGCUUACUUGGUCAGACUGGGUCAACGCGUGGUCCAGGUCGAAUCGAGCUUCGUGAUUUUGACUGGCUUCGUUGCGCUCAAUUCUGUUCUUGGGUCCAGUGUCUACUCGUCAAAUCAACAACUCGGUGGGCCUCAGAUCAUGUCAAAGAACGGAGUAUCUCAUCUGACUGUUGCCGACGAUUAUGCAGGCAUUAGAACCGUUCUCCAUUGGCUGAGCUACAUUCCAGUCAAGGGCAAGCUUCUGAAAGUGCCAAAAUUAAUUUGUGAUGAUCCUCCAGAGCGCCAAGUCACCGUUCAAAUCAAGGAGAAAAUAUAUGAUGCACGCAGGAUCCUGGCUGGAGACGACGAUCAUCUUGGCAUUUUAGAUCGAGGAUCUCUGCUUGAACUCCAGCCAGAUUGGGCUAAGACGGUUCUUAUUGGCAGAGGUAGAUUAGGAGGAAUCCCAAUUGGUGUUAUUGCUGCCGAAACAAGACAAGUAACGAGUCUAGUUCCUGCCGAUCCAGCUGAUCGAAACUCUCACGAAAAAGUAAUCACUCAAGCGGGCUCCGUGUGGUUUCCAGAUUCAGCUUUCAAGACCGCCCAGGCCAUCAAAGAUAUCGACCAAGAAGGCCUUCCGCUGUUGAUUCUAGCGAACUGGCGUGGACCUGUUCUGAUUUACAUCCCGCCACUGGGCGAGCUCCGAGGAGGAGCCUGGGCCGUACUCGACAAGUCCAUCAAUCCAUCGAAAAUCGAGCUUUUGCUGAUCCAAAUAGUCGAUCCGGACAAGAACCUCCAGGAGCUCAUGUGUCGCUUUGACCAGCAGAUGAAAGAGCUUCAGGCGACUCUCAACAGUGGCAAUUUGACAACGGAAGAGAUCGGCAAAACAUCGGAGCUAACGACUUUGAGGAGCAAAUCUCUUCAUGACGCGUACCACAAUCUUGCGAUUCAAUUUGCAGACCUUCAUGACAUGCCACAAGCAGUUGCGAGCAAACGCUGCUUGACAAAAGUUGUGCCACUUGCAGAAUGCCGCCAUUUCCUUUACAACCGACUUCGGAGAAAGUUACUUGAGGACAAUUGCGUGGAUUUGAUUCAAGAAAGUGAUCCCGAUGUGACCCGGGAUGAAGCAAUAGCCACACUUGAGCGUUACUUCUUCCAGAACCAUCUCAAGAGCGGUAUCAAAUGGGACGAAGAUAUCCCCGUUGAAAAGUGGCUAGCUGAGCAGCUUGAGAAUAAAAAUUCGCACUUGAACAUUUUAAUUCAACAAAAUCAACACGAUCAAUGUCUGAAGCAAGUGCUCAAGUUGUCGGAGAACCAAGAAGUCGACCAAAUUGCGGAUAUGUUCCAGAGUUUACUGGACUCCUUGUCAGAUGAAAAGCAGAAACAAGUCCUCUCUAUCAUCAACGUCAAUCGAUAG